UUCUCCUUUUCUCGGUCCUUUCUUCGGUCGUGCGUGCGAGUGCAUCCUUUCUUAUCAUCCAAUUUUCCACUUUCUUGUGAAAUGAAUAAUGCAGUUAUCUGAUAGUCGAUAGUGAUUUUAUGUGAAAUUAACACCAAUUAGACACCGCAAUGGAUUCGGACGAAAGCGACGGAGAAUUUGGACAAGAUUGGGAUAACCUUGAAACGAUUACCAAGUUUGAUGGUGUUCGAUCCCGAGACGAGUUGGCUUCUCUAACCAGGGCUUCAACGGAACUAGUUAGCAAUGGGCUUCGAAGCCGGCUGUCUUCUCAUGCCAGCACACCGGUUUCCCUGCUGGUGGAAAGUCUGGUUCAGCAGCUUUGUGCCUUGCUCGAAAGCGAUCCGAGCAGGUCCAAGGACCUUUAUAAAACGAUUUGCGAGAGGUUGCAUGCGGUCAAUUUGAUCGAUGAGACUUAUGCCAUGGGGGAAUUCGAAACCAUGAGGAGUCAGUAUCAGAAAGCUCUCUACCAGUUGGUGAGCAUCGCCCGGGGACAACAUUUGCCGGUUGUGGCGCUGGAAAACGUAUGGCCUCUGCAGCCGGACGCCGGGCUCGAGUGGUCUCGGUAUCAUCGGGAGUUUACCGAGCUUAGUUUCAUAGCCGGUGGAGCAUUUGGGAAAGUCUUCCAGGCUCGAAACAAUUUGGAUGGAAUCGUUUAUGCUGUUAAGAAAGUCACCAUCCGAUCAACUACAAUCAAGAAUGUCUUGGUUCAUUUGGCCGAAGUCAAAACUCUGGCCAGUUUGAAUCACAUCAAUAUUGUUCCGUAUAAAGCAGCCUGGUUGGAACCACUUUUGGCCAGGGGUGAGAAACGGGGAUCCGAUGUGCCGGAUGGAAGAACAGGUCCUGCUACAGGGUUCAGUACCUUCGAUGACGAAGACGACGACGACGAUGAGGAAGAUGAAUCUACUUCGAGUGAUGAAGAAGAAGAAUCCGUUGAUGAAAUGAUAUCUACUAGAUUUUCUUUCAGUUAUCAAGCUGCGAUGGUCGAGUCUAAAUCUCAUCGUCGUCGACGAAGAUCCACCCUGAACGAUUCCCUGAAACGUCCCGAGCCAACUGUCGAAGAAGAUGAUAACGAUGAUUUCAGUAUCCGUUUCGAGUACAGCAAUGGAGAGACCAACUCCAAUGGAAGAGAUGAGCAUAGUAGCGGCAACAAAAACCAACUGGCCGAAUUGGAAGAAGCACGUGGACGAAGUGUUAUCAGCGUCGAAGAAACACAACCGCACGUGAAGCUCAAAUGGGCCACACUCUACAUCCAGAUGACGCUCUGUCAUCUGACGCUGCGUGAAUGGCUGGACGAUCGCAAUAGGUUCGGCUGUUUCGACAAAUUCUAUCACAAUUUCGUACACAAUCCGCGCAAGGAUCGUGUCACAAGCGCAGUCCCAAAAAACUCAUUCUGCCGCUCGAGUUCCCUGGUUGAAUACGCUCCGGAAUCAGUUCCUAUCACUGCCAGAAACGAACCGAGUCCCUCGCAAGUGCACAACUCAGCGCAACACCUUGACGUCGUCACCGAUGUAAUGCAUCAACUGUUGAAUGGACUAACAUACAUUCAUUCCCGAGGAAUUGUCCAUCACGAUAUCAAACCCAGCAAUAUCUUUGUCAGUCUCAAUGAUCACGAUCAGACGAUCUCUAUCCAGCUGGGAGACUUCGGGCUGGCCUGUCCUCUCCAAAGCUCCCACACCGGAGCUGGAUUCGGAACACCCCUCUACGCCGCUCCUGAACAACUAGAAGGGCGAUGCGAUCCCAAAUCGGAUAUCUACAGUUUGGGAAUAAUCCUGCUAGAGCUCCUGAUGUCUUUCGACACCGACAUGGAACGUGCGGCUAUGAUAAGACAAGUUCGAAAAGGAGAGUUUCCCCCAGAAUUGGACCCCGAAUUCAGCGACCUACUCAAACAGCUACUUAGCGUUCGGCCAACGAAACGCCCAGACACAUUUGCCCUAACGCAAGCAGUCAACUGCAUGAAACUGAACCGGGACAAAGUGAUUUCUCACCUGAAGAAAAGUCUCUCCGAACAAGAAGAACACAUUCAAAACCUCCAGACCCGAAUCGAUGAGCAAAGUCGCCAGCAGGAGGAAUCAUUUGAGUCUUUCAACCGUUUGGAAAUUAGUCAUUCCGAAACGUUGAUCGUCAAGGAGCAGGAGCUGAUCUGCAAGACGAUGGAAAUCGAGAGCAAAAAUCAGCAACUCCGGUUCAAGGAACUGGAGCUGCAAUCCAAAGACGAGGAAAUCGAACGAUUGAAGGGUCUGCUGCGGAACUACCAGGAAAAAAUAGGGGACAGUAGUCCGGAGAUCGAUGAAUGUGCUACCAAUGGGAAGGCUUCCUUCGAUUAAUUUAAACAAUGUGUUUGUAAGGUAGAAUAGCAUUAAAUCCUUUAAUAAUUCCGCCUCGUUAUUGUCCAUUCGAAUAAAUUUUAGGUGCAGAUUCCGCAAAUCAUUAUGAAUAGCUUCCAUUCGAAGUUGUCCGAAUAAAAACUUUGU